AUGCAAAAUUUCACAUGUUCCAUGAAUUGGAUAAACCGUUUUAAUGUAAGACACAAUAUCGUCAGUGGUAAGAUUGCUGGCGAAUCUUUAUCAGUUCAACAAGGUGAUGUAGUCGAUUGGUUAGAAAAGGUUGGGCCUACUCUACGUGCGCAAUUUAGAGAUGAUGAAAUUUUUAAUGCAGAUGAGACCGGGCUGUUUUAUAAACUAACUUCAGACAAGACAUUAAAAUUUAAAGGUGAAAAAUGUAAAGGAGGAAAAUUAUCAAAGGAGAGAAUAACUUUGAUGGUGGCAACCAACAUGAGUGGCACUGUUAGAAAAAAACUUGAAAUCGGAAAAUCUCAACGUCCCAGAUGUUUUAAAAAUGUACGGCAUUUGCCAGUGGAUUAUGAGAGCAAUCGAAGAGCCUGGAUGACUGCUGAAAUUUUUAACAAAUGGGUACGCGCAUGA